AUGCUCUCCACCAAUCUUCCAUUCGCUGCUCUUAUCGCUAUCAUGAUGCUCCUCCAGAUGUCAUCAGCUUGCACAAGUAACGCUGAAUGUGCCGACCCGCCUAUCCAUACGUCUACUGCCUUCACGGUCCAGGGUCUUCUGCAGUUUGCAUCUCAGGAGGCGAGUGCGGCGGAGGGGGAGGAUGUACUUGCUACUGAAGUUGUGGCUCAGGUUGAGCUGAAGAGAGAUGCGUUGUUCGCGAUACGAUUUCGAAGCUGGAUGAUAAGUCAGGAUCUGCUUUGA